GGGAGAAGGUAAAACAGGACAUUGCAACACACUGCAACACAUAGGGCUCCGUGUUUUCAUGGAUUUGGGCUGAUGGGUGUUGGAUAUGGUCAGUUUGAGCUCUUGAAAGUACAGGGUUUCCCUGUGAUUCUUUCCCAGAGGAAUCCCCAUGCACUUGACUGUUACUGUUCUAGCAUCUAACAGCAUGAAAUCAGGGGGGUAAAAUUCAGCUGAAUUUUAGGUGGUUAAUAAAUACCUUGUAAAAUUGUGUGUUUGCUUAAAAUAUAUUUUGCCUAUCAUGAAUGUUUUACCUUAGGAGUUAAACCCUUAACGGUUCUACAAAUGCGCAGUAAGAAAUUAAUCUUUUACCACAGGAGUUUGCAAACUUUGGGCAAACAAAACCAGAUUGCAAGGUGGGAAGAAAUGGUACCCAGUAACUAGAAACAUGCUGAGUUCUUACUGUAAGAGCAGUAAUUUUCUUCUAGUAAUUGUUGUAGAGCUGUUAUCCAUCAGAGCAGUUAAUGUCACUCUAAAUUGCUGCAUUUGUAUGUUAGUCUUUUGAAACUGCCAUUGUUUUGAGAAGGUGAAAAAGAGCUCAUAAAACAUCUAGUAGACUAAUUUUGGGACCAUGUUGAGACUUCCGAAUAACUGCUGAGUAUCCGGUUCUGAAAAUGGAAGGCUGGUGUCUAAAUCAGAAGCAUCACUAAUCUGGAUAUUAAAAAAAUAUUUUUGUUCUCUGAAUUGUGAUCUUUUUUUCUUUGGCUGAUUUGGUUUUUGCUAUAAGACUGUAAACACUUAAAAUUCAGCCAUACCCUAAUGAUAUUUUUAUUAAUGUGUCCUUAGAGAUUAAAGUAGCUUUUUUCAUAUGAUUUUUUGUUAGAGAAACUAAAGAGAGAGAGACUAAUACUUAAGCUGUGUUUUGUGUGGUUGCAAAAUAUGUUAAAUAUCAAAACAAUGUAUGAACUAAUAAAUACAUUGGUGUAUUUAAAAUUUCUUAGUCUCUAAACCUCUUCUAAAAAUCUCAUUACUUUGUGCUUAAGGCAGUUAAAAUAUUUCAUUAAUAAAAAGGCUGAUAAUACAUCCUUCAGUGUGACAUUUGCAGGAUACAUCCAUCAGUUUCUUUGUAAUUUGCAUUAUUUUUUGUAGGCCCUUAAUCAGAGUUAUGAAACAAAGGUAUCAAAUACUCUGUGGAAGUAUCACAGUCUCUUUCUUGAAAGUAUUCUCUGCUUUGUUUCAGUGCUUUAUUGGGUAGUGUGUAGAAUGAGAUUGAGAGAAGUACACUUUCUAGUAACUGUCUUACACAGAACUGGCAGUCUGUCUGUCUUAUAUACCUGCAAUCAUAGAAACAUAAUUUUUUGGGGGAGGGGAAACCUAACUGAUCUCAUUUUGGACCCUGUGGGAAUGCUGUCUUCUGAAGGUGAUAUUUUAAUACCUGUGAUAAAUUUUGUCAAGAACUGAGAACUUAUUUUUAUACUCACUUGUAGUCUUUGGCUACAAUCAGAUCACACCAGCUUUGGAAUUUAGCCUUUCUGCUGUCAAAGUCAAUGAAGCAUUGUUUGUCAGGGGAAUGUUUUUCAAAAAUAUGAAUGUGUUCUUUUCUGUUGGUGUAAUGUGUGCACAUCCCAGAGAAGGUGGGAUAUUGGCUGUUUUAUCAGCUGUAUAAAUUGAUAAUUAUUUUCUGAUUAGGGGCAGUGUAUGAUGAUUUUUGUUUGUCUUGCAUGCCAGAAGGAUCUCACUCAAUCUGUUUUCUGAGUCUUCAGCAUCUGUUCAAUUUUUUUCAAUUUAAUUCUUCAUCAAGAUCUUAAAUAGCCAUUUAUUUAAAGGUUUAGAAAUAUUUCUCUUCAUACAUUCCUUUCCCCCAUUAAAUGUGUCAGUGGAAGCCUGUCCUGAUUUUUACUAUAAGUGGAGGGAAAAAAAUUACAGAUCACAUGAGGAGAGUAUUUCUGCAGCAUCAUUCCUCUGAUUUCAGAUGUAGAGGCUGAAGGCAGCUGCAGUCAGCUGACAGUUGGUGGUCAUGUUCGGAUAUACGUGAGGAAGGGGCGUGCUGUUUCAAGUGCAUAAUGAAGCCGUUGUUUCGUCACCAGGAAGCAGGGAUGGAUGGUAGCAGCCCAGGGAAAUGAGAGACAGUGAUGUUGCUGUAGUGCAAGGGAAAUCUCAUCACACGGAGCCAGAGCUCUCUGCAGGCAGCUGUAGGGAUGCACAAGGCAAAAUGGCACAAACGUGUUUUGCUUUCUGUAAAGGUACAGGAUAAACGUAAGGAGCAGAUUAACGCCUGAGAUGGACAUGCUCACAAGGAGGGCGUAUUCCCAAGAUGCCUACCUGAAAGGCAACGAGGCCUACAGUGGCAAUGCCCACAACAUACCCGAACCACCACCAAUAUGUUAUCCACGCCUGACAUCCGCAGCCUCUGUUAAGGCACAAGCUGGAGACAAGCUCCCUUCUGACUUCUCACUGGGGAAGCAGCAAGUCAGCAGACCAGUCCGGGCAUUGACACAGCCAGAGAGGGCCUACAGAAUGGAAAUACAAGUGCCUCCAUCACCAACAGACAUUGCAAAAUCGAAUACAGCCGUGUGUGUUUGCAAUGAAACUGUAAGGACUGUUAUUGUGCCUUCUGAGAAGGCUGUAGAUUUGACGUCUUGCAGAAAUAACCAUGCUGGUCCAUCACACAGGACAGAGGAAGUAAGAUAUGGCGUAAAAGAUCAAACCAGUGUAAAAGCAUGGACCACCACAUCACCACCAUCUUUAGUGUCCACUGCCAUUGUACUUCCUCAGACUCCAAUAACGAGACCAGUUGAUACAACUGUAACAGUAAGUAAAGCUUCAAAUUAUGUAGUAUGUCCAGAAGGCAUCCCAAACACUAGGCCUUCUACUCAAGCCACAGACUCGCCCUCGGUUUCUACUAAUCACUACAGUUCUCCAACCUCCCACCAGCACAUAGACUGGAAGACCUACAAGACUUACAAGGAGUACAUUGAUAACAGGCGCAUGCACAUGUAUGGCUCCAGGACAAUACAGGAAAGGUUGGACAGCUUAAGGGCAGCUUCUCAGAACACAACUGAGUAUAAUCAGGUGGUGCCAAGUCGCACUGCUUCUCAGGUACGGCGCAGGAGCACCUCGCACGACAGGGUUCCACAGUCUGUCCAGAUCCGGCAGAGAAGCGUAUCCCAGGAAAGGCUUGAAGAGCCCAUGCUGGUGAAAGAAUGGCCACGAAGUGCUUCACAAGAUACUCUGACUUCACCUUCAGCCAAUGCUAGAAAUCACAGGGCUCGGUCCUGGGAUUAUCUCAGCAAACAGGGUGAAGUGCUAGAAAACUUUCAUUCUGAGAAUAUGAUUGCAGAUGCAAAUGGAGAUAGGAGAAAGACUUACAAAUGGACAGGCUUUACUGAACAAGAUGAUCGGCGAGGUAUUUAUGACAGGUCUAGACAACAUGCAUUUCAUAUGUCCCUUCGAGGUCAAAAUUUUCCUAUUGCUCCAAAUACUUAUAUUUCAGACAACAGGAGAGCAGGUAGUAGGGCUUCUCUGCCUGGUUCUCACUUUCAGAAAGUUUCACCAGAUCUCAAAAUGUUACAGCCUUCUCGUGAUUUGCAAACUCCUGGGGGAGUUUCAAAAUCUGCAGGUGUUUCACAAGAGAGAUUGUGUCUCACACCAGCCAGAAGUUCUAAAAGUAGCUCUCUGAAGAACUCCACUCCCUAUGCAGCAAAACCAUCGAUUCCCCUUAACCAGGGCCUGGAUGCUAUUGCCAGCAAAGACCAAAGAACAGUAAAUCACUUGCAUCAAAGCAGUCUGUUAAACCAACAGUCAAGGACCCGAGCUGAAGGUGCCCCAGAUCACAAAACAGAAACUGGUAAAACCAUCCAGCCCUCCUCUCUGGCUUCAGCUUCUGCCAAACUUGUUCAGCCAACAAGUGAGUGUUUAACUACCUCGGACAACGUAGAUGGUUCCAUCAGACAAAAGAUUCAUGGUAUUGAAAGGGAAGAUGUUCGUGAGUCUGAAAGUCUGCAAAUGGAUGUUCAGGGAAAUGACAAAGACACAGUGGUCAUGAGGGACAAAUCACCUUCUGGCCACCAAACUCCCCAGCCUUUGAGGCAUCAGUCCUACAUUCUUGCUGUAAAUGACCAAGAGGCAGCCUCAGAGAAUACCUGUUGGUUACCUAACGAUGCUCGGAGAGAAGUCCACAUAAAAAGAAUUGAGGAAAGGAAAGCAUCGAGUUCCAGCCCACCUGGUGACUCUUUGGCUUCAAUUCCAUUUAUUGAUGAACCGACUAGUCCUAGUAUUGACCAUGAUAUUGCACACAUUCCUGCUUCUGCUGUUAUUUCUGCAUCUGCUUCUCAAGCACCAGCUAUAACAGCUGUUCCUCCCAGUCCUACAUCUCCAAUCCCUUUAAUUCGGCGACAACUUUCACAUGAUCAUGAAUCCAUCCGGCCUAGUGUCCUGGAUAGCCAGCCUGCCACAAAAACAGAGAGAUCAAAGUCAUAUGAUGAAGGACUGGAUGACUACAGAGAAGAGGGAAAAUCAUCCAUUAAGCAUGUAUCUAGUUUAAAGGGGAUUAAGGUCCCAGACAGCCAGAAAUCUUCAGAAGACUCUGGUUCCCGGAAAGAUUCUUCUUCAGAGGUGUUUGGUGAUGCCUCCAAAGAAGGAUGGCUCCAUUUUCGACAGCUUUUUACAGACAAAGGAAAGCGAGUUGGUGGGAGCAUUCGGCCAUGGAAGCAACUGUAUGUUGUUCUUCGAGGUCAUUCCCUUUAUUUGUACAAGGAUAAAAAGGAACAAGUGACCCUCUCUGAGGAAGAACAACCUAUAAGCAUCAAUGCCUGCUUGAUAGACAUCUCGUACUGUGAAACCAAGAGGAAGAAUGUGUUCAGACUCACCACAUCAGACCGCGAGUAUCUGUUUCAGGCUGAGGACAGAGAUAAUAUGUUAGCGUGGAUUAAAGCAAUACAAGACAACAGCAACUUAAAUGAUGAGGAUACUGGUGUUACUAGUAGAGAUCUAAUUAGUCGGAGGAUUAAAGAGUACAGCACAAUGAUGAGUUCUUCAAGCAGCAAAACAGAGCCAUCUCCCAAAACACCUCGCCAGAGUCUGAGUAUCAGACAGACUCUACUUGGAACUAAAGCAGAACAGAGGACUCAGAGUCCACAUUCUCCUAAGGAUGAGACAGAAAGGAAGCUUCUCACUAAAGAUGAGACAAGCCCACCAAAAGACAAAGGGACAUGGAGGGGCAUUCCAAGCAUUAUGAGGAAGACAUUUGAAAAGAAGCCUUCUGCUGUUGGAACAUUUGGUGUUAGACUUGAUGACUGCCCUCCAGCUCAUACCAACAAAUAUAUUCCACUGAUUGUUGAUAUAUGCUGCAAACUGGUUGAAGAAAGAGGUCUUGAGUACACAGGUAUUUACAGAGUGCCUGGAAAUAAUGCUGCCAUCUCAAGUAUGCAAGAAGAGCUCAACAAAGGAAUGACUGACAUUGAUGUUCAUGAUGAUAAAUGGCGUGACCUGAACGUGAUCAGCAGUUUGCUGAAAUCCUUCUUCCGAAAGCUCCCAGAGCCCCUCUUCACCAACGACAAAUAUGCAGAUUUUAUAGAUGCCAAUAGAAAAGAAGAUCCUGUUGAGCGUCUGAAAACACUGAAGAGACUGAUUCAUGAUUUACCUGAACAUCAUUAUGAGACUCUCAAGUUUCUUUCUGCACACCUGAAGACAGUAGCAGAGAACUCAGAAAAAAACAAGAUGGAACCAAGAAACCUGGCAAUAGUAUUUGGUCCAACACUUGUGAGGACAUCUGAUGAUAACAUGACACACAUGGUUACCCACAUGCCAGACCAAUAUAAAAUUGUAGAAACACUCAUCCAAAAACAUGACUGGUUUUUCACAGAAGAUGAUGCUGAAGAACCUCUUACAGCAGUUCAGGAGGAAAACACUGUAGAAUCUCAGCCAGUGCCAAACAUAGAUCAUUUACUCACCAACAUUGGAAGAACGGGAGUAUCUCCUGGAGACGUAUCAGAUUCAGCUACUAGUGACUCAGCAAAAUCUAAGGGUUCUUGGGGUUCUGGAAAAGAUCAGUAUAGCAAGGAACUGCUUGUGUCCUCCAUUUUUGCAGCAGCUAGUCGCAAGCGGAAAAAAACUAAAGAGAAACCACAACCAAGUAGCUCAGAGGAUGAGUUGGAUAAUGUGUUUUUCAAGAAGGAGCUUGCAGAACAAUCUCGUGGUGACACAGCGAAAGAGAACACAGCUAAAGGGGAAUAUGAAAGAGAGAGAGAGAUAGGGAGAAAACAAAGGAUGUUUGUCCUGAAGGAAAAAGAGAACAGCAGUAAAAAAGAUGUGAAUGUUGUAAAGGAUGAAAAGAAGUCAUUAAAGAAAGAAAAUAUCCUGACAGAGGAACCUUCACUGCCUUACAAUGAAAAAUGUGCAAAAUCAUCAAAUAUCAACUGUCUGCAAACCAUGCAGAAGAAUAGCCCAAAAAUGCCUAUGUCACAAUCUUCUUCCCAGGUCGAGGAGACAGUGUCUGACUCUGGCACUAUGCUAAGCACUUCCUCCCAGGCUUCCCAGCACAGAUACUCAUGCAAAAAAGUAGCCAGCCCUGAAAUUAAACACAAUGAGUUCUUAGCAGCUGAUGUCAGCUCCAUCACCUCAGAUUACUCAACUACUUCAUCUACGAUGUAUCUGACUGGUUUAGAUGCCAGUAUGCUGAGCCCUGAGGUGCAGUCAGUGACAGAGAGCAAGGGAGAAGAUGCAGAUGAUGAAAGAAGCGAAUUGAUCAGCGAAGGGCGUCCCAUGGAGACGGACAGUGAAAGCGACUUCCCUGUCUUUGCCACCAGCGCUGCUGCCGAAAGGCUGUCCAAAGGGAAAGGCCCAGAAGCGGUGAAGACCAGCAGGAGGAACUCUGAGGAAAGUGAAGUAAGUUGUACUGAGGGAAGUUCCACGCCAAAGUUAGAGAGCCGCAGACUGUUCAGCUCACACAAACUCAUUGAGUGCGAUACGCUCUCCAGGAGAAAGUCUGCACGGCACAAAACGGACAGUGAGGGGUCAGGGGACGCCAAGAGUGAGAAGGACUUGCCCACUGUGACCAAAAUGUUUGACAUCAUGAAAAAAGGAAGAUCUACAAGCAGUUUAGCUACAUCAGCCAAAAGUGAGGCUGACAAACAAGAACCUACGUGGAGACUUAAGAUUACAGACAGGUUAAAGCUGCGGCUCAAAUCAUCUGCUGAUGAUAUGUUUGGAGUUGGGAAUCAAAAAGCUAACUCUGCAGAAACUGCAAAGAGAAAGAAUAUCAGGCGAAGGCACACACUUGGAGGGCAGAGGGAUUUUGCUGAAAUAAGUGUCCUGAAUGCUUGGAAAGCUCAAGAACCAAGUCAAAGCAGAGAGAAAGAAUCUGAGCUUUCAGCUGUGACUCGGUUGAAGCCAAAAUGUCCAGCCCAGGACCUCUCGAUCUCGGACUGGCUUGCACGAGAACGUUUACGCACUAGCACAACUGACCUUAAUACGGGUGAAACUGGAAAGCCCAGACUUGAGAACACUAACUUAGCAGAGGUAUCAAAGGUAGAGCUGCCCUCAUCUGCAGAGAUGCAGGCAGAUGAAGGCAGCUCUUCCAGCAGCUUGACUUUAAUUAAUAGAACACCACCUUCGGGACCAUUUCAGCCACCAGACCAGGUAAAUGGUGAAAAUUAUCAGAGCAUGAACAAAAACAACUUCAGCCCAGCAGUUGAUGCCCAUCCUCAUAAACUGUCUGGGACCCAAGUGGUUAGAUCUCGAUUUUACCAGUAUCUUUGAAAUGGGGAGAUAUGUCCACUGCAGCAAUUCAUUAACUUACCCUUACACUUCCCAGUAACUCUGCGUGUGUGUGUGUGUGUGUGUGUGUGUACAUAUAUAAAUAUUUUUUUCCUGUACUGUUGUUGUUCUGCAGCCUUCAUUUGGGCUGGUUUCAUCGAUGUGCUCUGUGGAACGUCUUCACAGUGCAUUACCACAGCCAGAAGAACACUAAAGUUAAAGUAUAUAUAUAUAUUUUAAGAAAAAGUAUAUUUGAUGGCUGCAUACAAAUGUUGAACAAAGCAUCUGAUGCAACAUGCUGUGUAGUGUAUACAUGGUUUUCUGACUGAGAGUUGGCCUGGCAUUAGUAUGCAGGAAAAUUGUUCUUUUGGUUUAGUCACUAACAAGUGCCUCAUUAUAAAUUCAUUUGGUUUGUUAGGGUGCCAUAUUGCUAAAUUAGAGAAACUUAUUACAAACAAAUAAAUGCAUUUUACUGUUAAUGAGUUUCAUUACAUUUUACAAAUGUUAACACAGGUGGCUACAGAGCUUCCAUUCCUUAGGCAUUCCAGUAAAUAUUGGAGUUUUAUAUUUCCAAUUUUAAUACAGAUUUUGAGUUUUAUGUGACUUGAAUUUCUAAUCUUUCUGUAAAAUAAGUAACUUAACUGUACAUAUUACAUGUGUAUCUUUUCUUCAGAUACCAGAUUUGAUAUAAAUGUUGUAACAUAGGCGUGUAGAUAGUGGAUACUGGAUGGAACUGGUUUCUUUUAUUGAGAAUAUAAUUCUGCAUGAAGACCUAAUGAAUCCAAACCUGUAUCAUGCCUGUGUGCAUACCCACUUAAACACUGGAAAUAAAAUUGUUUUGGUGACUCU